CACGCAGCCGAUGCCCAGCCAUGGGGGGCGACCCUUCUGGCUCGGUACACGUGGCAAACGGCAGCCGCGAGACGCGGGGCUGUGGGCGCGGAGCAUUGUGGGACGGAGGCGGCCUUUCCAGCGGAGACAGUCCGAGAUCCGGAGACUAAAUACUGGUACUGGGGCGGGGAGGCGGGGGUGAAGAGUCCAGAGAGACGCCGCACAGGGUGGAAGCGUGACGCCGACUGCAAGCGAUGGGGCAGGACGUUUUAAUGAGCGCCGCCGAAGACGUGGCCGACCAGUUCCUGCGUGUGACGAAGCAGUACCUGCCCCACCUGGCGCGCCUCUGCCUUAUCAGUACCUUCCUGGAAGACGGCAUCCGCAUGUGGUUCCAGUGGAACGAGCAGAGAGACUACAUCGAGAGCACCUGGAACUGCGGCUACUUUCUGGCCACGUGCUUCGUGCUCCUCAACCUCUUGGGCCAGCUAGGUGGCUGCGUCCUGGUUCUCAGUAGGAAUUUUGUACAGUAUGCCUGCUUUGGGCUGUUUGGGAUCAUAGCUCUACAGACUGUUGCCUACAGCAUUCUGUGGGACCUUAAAUUCUUGAUGAGGAACCUGGCCCUCGGUGGCGGGCUUCUACUGCUGCUCGCGGAGUCGCGUUCGGAGGGCAAGAGCAUGUUUGCAGGGGUGCCCUCCAUGGGCGAGAGCUCCCCCAAGCAGUACAUGCAGCUGGGGGGCCGUGUGCUCCUGGUGCUCAUGUUCAUGACCUUGCUGCACUUAGACGCCAGCUUCUUCUCCAUCCUACAGAACAUGGUGGGUACGGCCCUGAUUAUCCUGGUGGCCAUCGGCUUCAAGACCAAGUUGGCUGCCCUCACGCUGGUGGUGUGGCUCUUCGCCAUCAACGUCUACUUCAACGCCUUCUGGACGGUGCCGGCCUACAGGCCUAUGCACGACUUCCUCAAAUACGACUUCUUCCAGACCACCUCCGUCAUCGGGGGCCUGCUGCUGGUGGUGGCACUGGGGCCAGGAGGCGUGUCCAUGGACGAGAAGAAGAAAGAGUGGUGAGCCAAAUCCAGCCCUGCCUUCCUGGGGACAGCAGGACCUCUGCGUUCCAUGAAGACUCCUCCCGGCAUCGUUUGACCAGCUACUGUCCUUUUUUUUUUGUUUUUUUUUUUGUUUUUUUUUUAGUUUCAAGGUUUUCUUUAUGCCUAAUUUUUAUUUGGUUUUAUUAGAUAAGGUUGUCCCAGCUUAUAUUUUUUUUAAUACAUUGAAUUUGUGUGCAAUUGUAUAUAAUAUAUUCCUAUACAUAUUUAUAUACAUAUACACACACUCACACAAACUCUGAGAUGCCAAGAAAGACUUGUGUAUCAGAACUAAGACUGAAGGUGUUCUUAGUGCACAUCUCCAGGUGUCAAUACUGAUGAUGGUACCCUCUACAGGAUGCAGUGGACGAAGCAACUAUAGACAUUGAGUAUACAUUUCUGCAGUAGUCAGUAGAAACUUUCAGAGUUUCUGUAGAGGGAAAGUAUACUUCUCUCUAUACUCCUUCCUAUAUGUACUUGUUCUGCUGCUCAUGUAAAUCCUCUUUAAAACGAAGAACAUUUGUUCUUGUGUGGUUGACAGGAGGAUAGAAGGGUAGCAGAUAGUAAUGUGGGAAUGUCUCUAAUCACAAGGUACUCCUUUGCCCCGUGUGUGACAGAGAUGUUCUCUGCCUUAGACAAUGGGUCAUCCACCCCACAAUGUCAUUUGCACCUAUUCCCUCAUAGUCCCAGCUUGUUCUCAAAGCUCCGCCCCUGUUUCCAUAGCACCAGGCAAUGAGGGAGGGGUUAUGUGUAGUUGACUCAUUUUGAAAUGGUUAAACAAAACUUUAUUGGCUUAUGAGAUGUGAUUUUUUUUUUCCAUUUACAAUUGUAGCUUAUUGUCAGCCAUUAUAUAAUCUUUCAAGAAUUAUACUGUCCUUUGUGUUUUUGAGUUUACAGUGUUUGAAAUCAGCAUCUACAGUCUACAGUGUCAUGCAGAACAGGAGAGGUAGUAUGUGGUCCUCUGAAUUUUGUGUUUCUCAGUGUUUUUGCUCUGUAUAACAGUUUAGAUAUGAAAAACGUAAGUAUUUAGAUUUUUCAAAAGCUUAUUUUUUGCAAAUGAGAAAAAAAUCAAAAUAAAAACGGCAAACCAGUGUG